UAAAAAUAAGAGAAACAAUUAAAAUGAACACUGCAUUCGACAGCUAGAAGUAAACCCUUUUAAAACCUCUGGACCUGCCUCUCAUCGCUGGUGUUAUCAGCGACAGCUUUUGCCCAUUGCCUGACUACAUGGACGAAGGCGCUGGAAGAGGUGUCAGCGGAGACGGUGGCUCUGGAUUGCCAUUGGUUGCACCGGGGUGGAUUUGCUGUGUGUAUUUUUAGCGUUGCUUCCCUGUUCAGCGCCGAGCGGCCAGUCUUACCCCCAGUCCUACUCAGUACAGCACAGCUCAAGCCAAGGACAGUGGGGGAACUCACAUUAGGAUCGUGGCCGGCCACCCUGCCAUACCACUUUGAAAAAUCAGCACCCAGCCUAGAGCGGUCAGAGUUGAGAGCGGCUUGUUACUGGGACCUGUCUCAUUCUAAUUCAGUCGGAGGGCUGCGGGCUUGCAAAUGGCCAGUCCCAGCGUCAGAGACGGGGAGUGGGGAGAAACUCCGCACCAAGACUCCGGCCCCGGGCCCGCCUUCACCGAGGCGCAACACUGGAUAGAACAAGUAACAGGCAGAAGUUUUGGUGAUAAAGACUUUCGAACAGGCCUGGAAAAUGGAAUUUUACUUUGCGAGUUAUUAAAUGCUAUAAAGCCUGGGACUGUGAAGAAGAUCAACCGUCUGCCAACUCCUAUUGCAGGACUGGACAAUAUUACUUUGUUUUUGAGAGCAUGUGAAGAGCUUGGACUUAAGGGAUCACAGCUUUUUGACCCUGGUGAUCUCCAAGAUAUGACCAACAGAGCUACAGUCAAAGUACCAGAGUACAGCCGGAAAAUGAAAAAUGUUUUGAUCACUAUUUACUGGCUUGGAAAAGCAGCAAAUAGCUGUACAUCUUACAGUGGACCAACACUGAACCUGAAAGAAUUUGAAGGAUUGUUGUCUCAGAUUCAAAAGGAGAUGGAGGACACAGAUAGCCCAAAGCGAAGCAUUCGUGACAGCGGCUACAUUGACAGCUGGGAUUCUGAGCGCAGUGACUCCCUAUCACCUCCCAGACAUGCCAGAGAUGAUUCCUUUGAUAGUCUGGAGUCAUUUGGGUCACGGUCACAGCAGACUCCAUCCCCAGAUGUGAUAUUUAGAGGAAGUAGUGAUGGUCGUGGCAGUGAUUCUGAAUCGGAUGUGACACAGAAGACACCUGAUGUAAAGCGAGACGACAUGUCCGUCAGACGGUCUUCCUAUAACGAACCUAAAUCAUCCUUGCCUUUUAACCAAUAUCUACCCAACAAGCACAAUCAUACAGCUUACAUGCCAGCACCUCUCCGAAAAAAGCGGGCAGAGCGGGGAGAAAAUUACCGGAAGAGUUGGAGCAACACUACCUCACCUGUAGGAGCAGAACGCCCUUUCAGAUACAGUCCUACAGCAGCCCUGUCUGAUGAUACAGGAAGCGUCAGUAUGAAUGACAUGAGGCCAGAAGAUGACAUUUCAGCACAGCCCCACAGUAAAGCACGCCAUGAGGAGCUACACAAAGUUCACAGUCGACUUCGUGAAGACCAGGACAAAUGGCAAGAUGAUCUGGCUCGCUGGAAGAACAGGAGAAGAAGUGCAUCGCAAGAUCUGAUCAAACGGAAGGAGGAGAGAGAUAUUGUGGAAAAAAUAAUGAGUGGGGAACACAGUCUGUCAGAAAGACGGAGGAGCAUUAAAACCUAUAAAGAAAUCGUGGAAGAAAAGGAAUCCAGAGAAAAAGCACUCCAAGAGGCAUAUAAAAGAGCAAGGACCCCAGAAGAAGCUGAAGAAAUUUUGAAGAAGUAUUCACAGAGAUUUAUAAUCAGCGAAGCUGUUCUUGAAAACCUGGAGAUGCCAAAAUUUCUGGAGAGAAGUCAGUCAGUGGAUUCGGAUUCGCCAUGCUCACCAACAAGAGAACCAAAUUCACUGAAAUACUUACGACAGCGGUCAUUGCCAAUCCAAAAAUAUACUGCAACUGUUGAAGCAGUGAUCACUCCCAGCAGCCAAUCCCAGACUAACUUCUCUGCAGCAGUCACAUCCCCAAUCAAAACUGUUGCCCCCAAGGCAGUGCCUAUGUUGACCCCCAAGCCUUAUUCACAACCAAAAGAUUCACAGACAGUGCUGAAAUCAUUUAAGAAAGAUGGAAAGAUUAGAAUGAAUGGCGAGACCAGCCCAACAUUUACCAGAGUGGAAGAGAAUGAGUCCACGUCUCCAGUACUGGCCCCAUUGCUCACCCAAUCGCAGAUGUUUGAAGGUGUGGCAAGAGUGGACAAUUCCCCAUUACAGUUACAGACAGAUAACAACGAUCAUGCGUCCAGACUCGAGCAGGCUGUUCCUUCUCCCAUAAACAAUCCACAGACUGAAAACACAGAGCAGGAGGAACAAACUGAGAUCACAAUGGGCAUUACCACCACUCAGCAGCCAAGCAUCAAGGAUGAAUCUGAUCUUAAAUCCAUCUGCAACGAGCUAGAGAAAGAGACGGUGAAAGAUACAGGUCAAGAAGAAUAUCAGCACGGGGACCUGGAAACUUCAACUGAACAUGUUAUCCUAUCAGACAAUGUUGAGUUGGACAUACGGGACACAGUUGAUGCCAAAAUAAUAACCACAGAUGAAGCCUGCCUAACACCCAAGAGUGAGGCAUCAAAUAACAGCACCCAAGAGCAGCUUGAACAAGAAGGAUUAAAAUCAGUGACACCUCAUCAGGACGAAACAGGAGAUGUGUUGGAUUCAGAUCAGAGGAUAAAGGAAGUGAAGGAAGAGGCAGCAGAGAACAGUCAGCAUGUUGAUGCUAUUAAUCAGCAAGGUAGUCCCUCAGGAUCAAGGAUGACUUGCUUCCAUUCCUGUUCUGUGGGUUCAGAGUUGGUUGAUGAGGCCAUUGUGGGAUUUGCAGACUCUGCCACAGAGCCAGCUAAUUCUGCCAGUGUUCCGGUUACAGUUCGGAACUCUUGGCGACGCUCAGAGUUUUUCUCACAGCCAGCGGAAGUAGAAAGCAGUGAAAAUAUGAAUAUCCCAGUUGCAUCUUUAAAUCUCCCUAAGCAUUUUGAUCGCUGGUAUUGGGACCCAGAGGAAGAACGCAAGCGACAGGAAAGAUGGCAAAAAGAGCAGGAACGCUUGCUCCAGGAGAGGUACAGAAGGGAGCAUGAGAAACUACGUCAGGAAUGGGAAAAAGCACAAAGGGAGGUUGAGGAAGAAGAACGUAGAUAUCAUGAAGAGGAGCGUAAAAUCAUUCAAGAAACAGUGACUCCACUGACCCCACGAUCACUGCCUAUCCAACUUCCCUCUGAAUGGCUCUCCAUCUCAAAAACAGAGGAAAUUAGGAAUUCUGAGUCCACUGAAGUCACAGGUGAGGGGAUCAAGCAGGUGGACUCGCAGAAGCAAAAUAUGGUAGAAAUAGACAGUUGUCAGAAAGGUGAUGAGGGAGGAAUACCAGCCGAAGAACAACAAAGCCAUAAGGAAGCAAACCAGAAAUCAACACAGAAGCAAGCAGAAGAAUGGAGCUCAAAGGAUGAGAAUGGACAAGAGGAAAAUUGGGAUGAAGCUGGGACAAACAGAUUGGAGAAAUGGCACUGGCAGGACACCAAACAACUGGAAUCUGAAGAGCUAAAAUUGAGCUUCCAGUCUGCACCACAUGUUUUCCAAACAGAUAAAGAAAAUGUUGGUGAAAGCCAGAUUCAGGCACACAGCCAAACACUCCUCACAGAUCAUCAGCAAGUGUCAGCUCAAGCUGCAGGUUCCCCAGGUUUUUCAGACAGAUCUCAGAAUGCACAAGAACUUCCUCUAUUCCUUGACCUUCAGAGAAACCAACAACCCGAUGUUCAAGAUGAAAUGAAGACUGGGUCUCUAGAUAGAAGCUGGGCACAUCAGUCCAAUAUGAUGGACAGAAAAAAAUGGUCUGGAUCUCAUGAAAAUUUACAAUCAAGCCAAUCACUUCCUCAGCCACACUCAUCUCCUCAGCUCCAGUCUCCCAGCAGGUCAGUCAGCGGGAAGAAGUUGUGCUCUACUUGUGGGCUCCCUCUCGGAAAAGGUGCAGCCAUGAUCAUUGAAACACUCAGUCUUUAUUUUCAUAUUCAGUGCUUCACGUGUGGUAUCUGUCAAGGACAACUUGGAGAUGCGGCUACAGGGACGGAUGUCCGGAUCCGCAAUGGUCUUCUCAAUUGUAAUGACUGCUACAUCAGGUCCAGAACUGCUGGACAACCCACAACUUUAUGACCAUGCCACAUGUCAAUCAGCAACUGAAAGCCCAACAGAACACAGAUGGCCCUGAAGCUCAUUACGAUGUUCACUGUUUGCAGACAAUUGCAGAUAGAAACCGUCAUUCACUGGCUUCCACACUCAGAAAACCCUCUGUUCCCAAAACAACUUUUACCUGCAUUGUUAUUUUGACAACCUACACUUUAAAUCAUUUUCAUAUUUAGUGAAACCGCUGUUCUUUUGUUCAUAUAGUCACAAUAUUAGCAUAACUUGAUAUAUAUUUGCUGUUGAAGAAAGCUUUUAACUGGAUUCAACAUGUUUUUAAUUAAUAUUGUGUGAUAUGUAAUUUAUUUUAUUGCCUCCUUCAGUUAUGAAAAUGUUAAUCAUAAAGGUGCAAUUAUUAGUGGAGUAAGUAAUAAAACUCUAUUUGUCCUGUGUAGUAGUUAAUAACUUUGUCUUCCUUUCCUUGGAACUAAUUUGAGCCAUCUGUGUCACAUUUAAGGAAUGUAGAGAUCAUUCCAAAUGGAUAGAUUUACAAUUAUUUUGAUAUUUUAGAAUGCUAUGUCCUUUGGGUGCAUUUCUUCAUAAUGUAAGAAUAUCAUGAAGGUCUAGCAUACAGAAAAAAAAAAUGAUAAAGAGGAAAUAACCAAGCUUUUCUUUCAUCUAAGCUAAUAGUAACUUGCAACUACACAAUGUAUUGUACCUGACAUGACAUUGUUAAACAAAAACAGAAUUAAAAGCUGAAAUGCUUGUCUUUUAGGAAAAUGUGUGUGCCAGACAAAGAUGUGUUGCACUCAAGUUUGCUGUUUUGGAAAAAAUACAACUUGUAUUUGAAACCUGCUUUCAAAUGUGUACUGUUGGUGGUUUGGUAUUGUCCAUCAGAUCCUUUAGAUUGUCAGUACUGGCUUUCUUUCACCUAUGAUUCAGCUGAUUAAUCUAUUCCACUGUAAAGAAGCAUUUAGAUCAAUACUUUCUUUCAAGCUUGUGAUUAUUUAGUAGACAACUGCCAGACUGCAAUUCAAAUGCAGGUCAACAAGAAGGAAUUUACCACCCCCAUGCCUUGAUCAGGUGGGUGUUCCAAUAUAAUAUGGAACCAGUCCAUAUUAUAACAUUUCCCUGUUAACCAGGUUUUUCCAUUGUUUAUGUGAUUUAUCCCUGAUAUAAAGAGGCGCCAAGUAUUAAAAUUCUAAUAGUGUUCUGAUAAAUACAAUCAGUAUAUCUGUGCAUGCUCAUAUACUGUGGAUUAUAGUCUGAGUUAUGAAUACAGUCUGCACAGCCAUUUUAAACUCCAGUAAAUUGGGACAUCAGUUUGGAAACUGGGCUAAAUUCAAUGAAUAACUUAGAGGUUUCACACUUGUAUGUCCAUUGAAAAUGGAGUAAUUCCUCUUCACUAGAAAUAGUAAAAGGUGUUAGCAUCCUGUCAGGCUAACGAAAAGGUAAAUACAAUUAUUUUGGUUAUUAUUGCACCUUUAUUAUGAAGCAUUCUACCUAACAUAAAGCAUUGAAACUAUGAAAUAUUUUUAGAAAUCAAUCUUUCUAAGCAGGGAUUGAAUUCAAAUGGUUUAAAUUAUUUAUAAAUCUAUCACAAGCCACUAUUGGAAUAAUCUGCAAAACUGUUGAAGAUUUUAUAAAAAUACUGGAAAACUGAAGACCCAUUAGUGGAGAAUUUGCUACAGAAUUACAUUAUUUUGUUUUUUUUAACCUGAAAAUAUUAUUGUAUUUCCCACAGACUUUUAAAUGUCACAUGGGUUGAUUUGUAGAUCAAGCAAGCCAACCAUUCAAGCAAUUACAACUAAUUUGAGGCAUGUCAUAAUCCCUUGCUUAGCAAACCAAUUAUAUCUGAGGCAAUGCUUGCAAAGUGAUUCAAUGGAGAACUGAAAGCACCCUAAUUAGCCAAUGACUUGUAUCUGCCUUAAACAACAGCAAUACAAUGCCUACUCCAUAUUUAGAGCUCUUGACUUCCUUGCAGGAGGAUACAUAGUAAGGUGUAGUCCAUUAUCAUGUAGCAGCUUUGUUAAAGAGAAAUAAAUUAACAAAUCUCUUUGGUUCAGCAAUAAUUAUCUUAAUUGCAAGGUUGAUGUUUAUUUAUUAAAAUAGUUUUAAAAUCAUGUUUUGCAUGUUGGUGAUAAGGCAUUAUAUGAUAAUUGUGUGCUUAUUUUUAUUUGUAUCCAUUGUUAAAUAGUCUGUUGGAAUGCAAGAUUUGUUACAUUCACAUUAAAACUGUGCCUUAGUAAUGCAGGCUAUUGCAUAUGGAUAGUAAGAAGUGUAGUGAAUAUGAAGUGAUGGUAUCUGGCUCAAUAAACAUCUCUGUCAGCUCUUGAUGAGCUAGAUGCAAGUGAUACUGGGAAGAGGGUGAGUCAGACAUGAUGCUGAGGCCUAACUGGUUCAUCUCGUGUGACUGGCUAAUAGUACCCAAAGAUUCCUACCCUCCGCAUGAUUUCAGCAAAGGCUGCUGUUUCUUUUGGAGUCAGUCCAUCUAUUGUGUAAAAUACAUCUUUUACCAUUCAGAAGAUUUUUAAAGACAACUUUUUACAUAUUCUUAUACACUUCCACUCCUCAGAAAUUACCUGCAGAGGAAACAUUGAACAUGUAUUGUAGCACAUUCUAUACCUUUUCCAAUAGCCCCUUUUACAAUUAUGUCUUUUUUAAUAUCAAGUACUUUGAUUUUGAACUAAAUACAAAGUUACUAAGUUUUUAAGUGGUAGUACUGCAACUUCUUGACAUGUACAGUAAACUGUUUAAGAUUUAUGUAAUCUACAAUUAAACAAUAAUCCAAACCAUUUAAUGCUAGUAGUAAAGACAAAAAUAUUGACUGGAAAAUAUUGUCAACAGUAUUUGAAGAGUGAUGAAUUUAUAUCAUAGUCCCAUGUUCACUAUUUUAAAGGUAUUAUUAGCUCAUUCAAAAUAAGUUGUGAAAUGUCAUAAAGCACAUUGGGGUAGAAAUUCAUCCUCUGUUUUAUAUGCUAACCAUGUGAUGUAGUGACCGAUGCAAAUUGAACUCCACUUCUGAAAUCGUUUUAUUGACUAGAGUGAAAUCAAAUUUCGGAGUUUAAUGCACACACAUUACCAUGUUACACAUUUAACACGUAUAACAGAGGACACAUUUCCAUCUCACAGUGCCAUCCACAACAAAUACUGAUAGCAAUUCCCUGCCUAAAAUGUCAGAUAGAUGUUCAGAGAAGUGCAGUUCUAUUAAUUGUAACAGAGAUGAAUACCCUGGUUAACUAUUGUGCAAUGUGUGAGAAGUCCAUAUUUGGAAUAUUAAUCAGUUAAGAUUUGUCUGGGUAACCACUGUUGUGAUUGCUCUUAUUCCACUGUCACUUGAUUAUUCAUGAUUACAUAAUUUGAUGUGGUUUCCUUAAAGUAGCAUGCCAUGAAGCUCUGCCAACAUCUAUUAACAUCUGUACUGAGAUCACUUAUUUCUGAUGGUGUGUGGUUAAACUGCAUUUUCCCCAGAAUGUGCUGGACCAAAUAUGGGCAUGGACUUAUGUACAUUUAAGUGACAAAUUGUAACUGGGGCCGUUGUUCAAACAUAAACAAUUAAAAGUAUCUGGCAUAUGCUACAGUUGAACUAUUGUGCUAUAUGUAUAGUGUUUUGCCUCUUGAAGGAAAAAUUACAAUGUGUUCAAUUAAUGCAACA